ACAGGGAAAAACAAACUGAGCAACAUUGUGUGUGUGAGAGAGAGGGAGAGAGAUCCCAUAAGAAUCAGAGAGAAGAAGGAGGAGGAGUCUCUUAAAACGAUGCCGUAUUACACUCACGACGACGAUGACGUGGAUGAGUUCAACGAUUACGAUCCGACGCCGUAUAGCGGAGGCUACGACAUCACCGUGACCUACGGCCGCGCAAUCCCGCCGUCCGACGAGACUUGUUACCCUCUUUCGUCUCGAUCCGGUGACGCCUUCGAGUACCAGCGACCUGUCUUUUCCUCCAAUCAUGAGCCUCCUGCCUAUGGCGACCAGGCUCUCAAGACCGAGUACAGUAGCUAUGCCCGGCCCGGAGGUCACGGAGGCGCUCACGUCGAAGGUGAAUACGGUGGAAGGAAACCGGAGCAUGGCGGAUCUGGAUCUGAUUUUGGCCGGAAACCUGAAUCUGGGUAUGGCGGAAGAACGGAGGUCGAGUACGGACGGAGACCUGAAUCUGGGUAUGGCGGAAGAACGGAGGUUGAGUAUGGCCGGAAACCUGAAUCGGAGCACGGAUCUGGGUAUGGUGGGAGAAUGAAGUCUAAGGAAGAGGAAGAUGGAGACUACAGGAAGCCCAGCUAUGGCCAUCGCAAGGAUAAUGAUGAUGAUGAUGAGGAAGAGAGGCAUGGCUACAAAAAACACAGUGGCAAGGACUCUGAUGACAAGAAGAAGGAGAAGAAGAAGGAUAAAGAUAAGAAAAAGGAUGACGAUGAUGAGAAGAAGAAGAACAAGAACAAGGACCAUCAUGAUGAUGACUAUGAUGAGAAAAAGAAGAACAAGAACCAUCAUGAUGAUGACUAUGAUGAGAAGAAGAAGAAGAAGGACCAUCAUGAUAGUGAUGAUGAGAAGAAGAAGAAGAAGAAGGACCAUUAUGGUAGUGAUGAUGAGAAGAAGAAGAAGAAGGACCAUCAUGGCAGUGAUGAUGAGAAGAAGAAGAAGAAAGAUCACUAUAAGCAUCACAAGGGCCAUCGUGAAGACGAUGACUAAAAGGCCUUCUUUCCUCUGACAUUUGCAUCUCAAGCUUUUCUAUCACUAAACAAGUAACCCACGCCUCAUUUCUCUCUACGUUUAUGUGAGUUUGUCAAUUGUUGUUUUGUUUUUGCUUGGCGUUUGUGCUUAUCUUGGAUAAAGACCUUAACAAGUAUGAAAUUAUGCAUAAUGAGUUUUCUAGUUAUGUC